AUAAAUUUAUUGCUGCAAUGUACGCCUUGAUCUUUGCCGUUGUCAUACUGGUGAUAGUUUGCUGUUACGCCUCGGUGCACUACAGCGAGUACGGCAGGACCAUCAACAAGUUUCCAGGACCCGCGCCCAUGCCCAUUUUGGGCAACAGCUGGAAUUUCGCCACUUGUUCGUUCUCGGACACCUAUUACAAGCUUCAGAGUUUCCAAGAUACCUACUACCCUGUGGUGCGGUUAUGGGCUUUUAUGUCGGAGGCCGUCCUUUUUGUACGAGACCCGGACGAUAUCAAGACGAUUUUGACAUCGAGAGUGAACUUGGACAAGUCUGUAGUGGCCUACGAGCCAGUGAGACGGGCCUGCAACAAUAACGGGAUACUAUUCAGCCAUGCCAAAACGUGGAAAGUACGACGUCGCAUGCUAAACAACGCAUUCACGCCGAAUCUGAUCAAGCUUUACAGCAGAAUAAGCGACGAGCACACGGUUGAAUUUAUCGAGCAGCUCAAAGGCAAAUCUGACAUCGACAACGUCACUGAGUUCUAUCACCAGCUCGUGUUGUCGUCCACCAGCGAGGCGAUGAUGGGCGUGAAACUAGCGAAUCUGAAUCAGGAUCUGACCAAGCGCUACGUGUAG